AUGGUUGCUGUCAGAGAUUACAAAACUGCUUUGGAAUACGUCCAAACCUUUGAAGAAAAGGAUGGGUUAUCUGCUGAACAAUUGAUGGACUCUAGUGUCAGAGGUGGGUUGACUUAUAACGAUUUCUUGAUCUUACCAGGUAAGAUUGAAUAUCCAUCAUCUACUGUUACUUUAACCACUAAGUUAACUAGAAAUAUUACUUUAAAUGCUCCACUUGUUUCUUCUCCAAUGGACACUGUCACUGAAUCCGAAAUGGCUAUUCAUAUGGCUUUGUUAGGUGGUAUCGGUAUCAUCCACCACAAUUGUUCUCCAGAAGAUCAAGCUGAAAUGGUUAAAAAGGUCAAGACUUACGAAAAUGGUUUCAUUAACUCUCCUUUUGUCAUUGGUCCAAACACAACUGUUGCUGAAGCUAGAGGCUUAAAAGAGGAAUUAGGGUUCUCUGGUUAUCCAGUUACUGAAACUGGUGAUUUAUCUGGUAAAUUAUUAGGUUUAAUUACUUCUCGUGACAUCCAAUUUGUUGAAGAUGACACUUUAUUGGUUUCCCAGUUGAUGUCCAAGAACCCUGUUACUGCUAAACAUGGUAUUACUUUAUUAGAAGGUAAUGAAAUUUUGAAGGAAACUAAAAAGGGUAAAUUAUUGAUUGUUGAUGAUGAAGGGAAAUUAAUCUCUAUGUUAUCUAGAGCUGAUUUAAUGAAGAACCAAAACUACCCAUUGGCUUCUAAAUCCGCUACCACUAAACAAUUGCUAUGUGGUGCUGCUAUUGGUACCAUCGAAGCUGAUAAAUAUAGAUUACAAUUGUUAGUUGAAGCUGGUUUAGAUGUUGUUGUUAUUGAUUCAUCUCAAGGUAAUUCUAUUUACCAAUUGGAUAUGAUCAAACACAUUAAAGAAAACUAUCCAAAACUAGAAAUUAUUGCUGGUAACGUUGUUACCAGAGAACAAGCUGCUUCCUUGAUUGCCGCCGGUGCUGAUGCCUUAAGAAUUGGUAUGGGUUCUGGUUCUAUCUGUAUUACUCAGGAAGUUAUGGCCUGUGGUAGACCACAAGGUACUGCCGUUUAUCAAGUAUCUAAAUUUGCCAACGAAUUCGGUGUUCCAACCAUGGCUGACGGUGGUGUUCAAAACAUUGGUCACAUUGUUAAAGCUAUUGCCUUAGGUGCUUCUACUGUCAUGAUGGGUGGUAUGCUAGCUGGUACUACUGAAGCUCCAGGUGAAUACUUCUUCAGAGAUGGUCAAAGAUUAAAGAUGUACCGUGGUAUGGGUUCUAUCGAUGCCAUGAAAAAGACUGAUAAGAAAGCUAAUGCCUCUACUUCUCGUUACUUUUCUGAAUCUGAUAAAGUUUUGGUUGCCCAAGGUGUUUCUGGUUCUGUUGUGGAUAAAGGUUCUAUUAAGAAAUUUUUACCAUACUUAUAUAAUGGGUUACAACAUUCUUGUCAAGAUAUCGGUGUUAUUUCUACUGCUAUCUUACGCCAAGAAGUUGACAAUGGUAAUGUCAGAUUUGAAUUCAGAACUGCUUCUGCUCAAUUAGAAGGUGGUAUCAACAACUUACAUUCUUAUGAAAAACGUUUACAUGAUUAA